CGAAUAUAGCUAACCUUUGAGGUCUUGUUGUUAGCUUACUUUCAUAUUAUAGAAACAAAAAAAUUUCAGAUGACUUAACUUUUGGUUCAGUCAUCUUAAUCCUCGGGUGGUGACCCGUCCAUGCUAACUUUGUUAGCUACACUAGCUAAAAUGUUUUAUUUCAUUUCACGCGCAUCUCUGUCCUCCCUUCAUCGUUGACAUAAGUGUCCCUGCAGGAUUGAAUUGUGGAGCCGCGCUGACCGCAAACUAUUUGGCGAGAAGGUUGAAACUAAUCCAGAGCAUCCAACACAUGUCCAAGAUGACGACGCAUAAAACUACUCGACUCUCGUUUUUGUUGAAUGAAGACGGAAGGGUGCCUUUGAAAGUAUCACAGACUAACUCUGAACAGAACCAGGUUUCUAUUCUAAAAAAGACUGCCAAUCAUAACCCAGCAAUUGCAAAACCUGUAGCAAAGUCCAGAGUCUUGAAAAACAGUGGAACCGUUUCUGAAGAGCUGUCUUCAAGUUGUGCAGCAGAAUCCAAAGUGGUGCAAAAGGUGUGCCUCGGUAUCAGAACUAGUUCUACAACUGCAGAUGGUUCUGAAUGCAGUAAGGUGAAAUCCAGUGCUGUCAAAGCAUUGCCUAAGACUAAGAUGACGUGCUUAGCCUCUGCUAGAAUCCCUGAACAACCAGUUAAACCUACAAGUACAGCUAGUUCUGCUAAGACUGGGCCUGUUGAGAAGUUGGUUGACGUAAACACCGAAGUGCGUCCCCACCAGAGAAACUUACCACUUUCUACCCAACUGAACACCAUAUCUGAAAACGAGAAGCUACUGAAAGAGCCCUCCAACCUACCUGUAAGUGGAGCGAAGCAAAGCGGAAGCCUUCCUAAAAUCGGCUUAAAUCAGCUGAUUAUAGUGUCAUGUCAAGAAAAACAGCAAGUCUAUUGUCGGCUGUGUUCAGUCAGGCUGAGAACAUCCACUCACUCCACCAGCUUCACACAUUGCUGUAACUAUGUGAAAAUGAAGUAUCCAGGAUGGACUGCAAAUUUAUCAGAGAUUGGGGGCAAAUUCAAAGACAUUGUGGCCCAUUUAGCUGAGAUUGAGAAAAGCAUAGAAUCACAGAAGCCACAGAGGAUAGAAGUGAAGAAGGGGUUCUACCUAAAGCUUGCUGCUCUUUCAGAAAAAGAAGCUAUUGAGGAACUAAAAACAAUUGAGCGACAAGACCCCCGAGACUCAUCCUCUGUAGCUGGAACUGUGCAAAUUUACCGACAGGAAGCUCGAAGCCCAUGUGAAGUUUCAAGCUCAAAUGAUGGUGAAGAUUGUAAAGCUGGUACUCUGACUCGGGACCAUCUCCAGACAUCUGCAAGUUCCAACAAAAAGGACCAAGAUCAUGUUCCAAGGAGCGAAACUAAAGAUUCUGCUGAAACUGCUAAACAUGAUCCAUUUAUGCCAGCUAUUGAUGCUCAGCCUCAAAGUCUCAUGGGUAGUCCCAGAGUGAAAGUGGAGAAAGUGGACUCCAUUUUCCCACCAGAAAGAAUACUUUCAAAAAGUCAUUCACCCGCACAAGAUGCACCAAAAGCUGGUAACUGUCGACCAAAAGUUGAAAUGUGCAGCCCCCAGAAACGAGCAGAGUCUGUACAAAUAAAAAGGACUGGACUGGGCCACAAAGUGAGAGAAGCUCCAAUGCAUGACAGACGUGAUGAAUUACCACCACCACCCAUAACUUGUUUUGGGAGAAAAGCUUCAGGCUGCAGUAAUUUGGUCCUUUUCUUGCACGCAAGACAAGUGGACACCAAACGGGUCAUUGGUAUGGAGUUUUUGUGGGAGUGCAGAGGGAUUUGUCUGGACACUUUCUAUCUGUGUGAAAGCUGUGAGGAAACGGUCUCAAACUGUGACAUCUGUCAACAUGUGACCAGUCACGAUCACCAACUCAAAUACACGUGGAAAAAGCACCCCGAGUUUCUGAAGAUAUUCUUGCAGGAGGAAGACUUGCCUCAAGUCUUGAAAAUCCACAUUUUGCAAGAAGUUAUCUGGAGGCUGGCAGAGCGUGACAUGUUCCAAAACAUUGAUGCAAAGUGCAUAAUACUUCAACAAAAAUUGCAUCAGUUUGUCAGGAUGGCUCAUUUCAGUGAAGCUUUAAAAAUUGUGCAGGGGAUCCUUAAGGAAGAAGAGAAAUCAACCAUCCAUCUGCCCCUCAAUGCUGCAUGCCAGCGGAGUGAUGAAGAAAUUACAAAAGGCACAGUUUUGGAAGAAAUGUCCAAUGUUGGAACAUCAGAUGUAAUAACAAAAAUGGACUUCAGUCCUGUGGAUAUGAACUGCUCUUCAACAAAGACUGAUUUGGUUAGCUCUUGUGUCCCUAAUCGAAGAGUAGAAGAUGCCAAACCCAAUCCUUUUCAAAAGCCAGUGUUGACAUCAGCUCUUGCUUUGCCUCAAAGCUCUGGUCAGAAACUAGUUCCAGAAGAAACAUCUUGCACAGCUUUCGGAACAAAACUGAACAUAUCAGUCAGCGGCCCAACUAAAAAACGACCAGCUGUUCAAACCCUGCACAAAACCAGCAGCCCAUCGACUGACCCCCUGCCACCUAAACGUACGCGCAUCAUGCAGAAGAUCAAGAGUGAGCCCGCUUCUCCAAAUUCAAUGUCUCCUCCAGUCAACCUUCCUGCAGGCCCUUCUCUGCUUGGUAUCAAAGAUGAAGACUCUGGACCCAAGCAACUUCAAUCCACUGUGAAUCAGGAUUUGUUUUCAAAACUAACUUCUCAUUUGAAACGGAUCACCUCCAAGUUGGCUAAGGAUAAUAUUAAAACCAUUCAUUUCUGUCCAACCAGUUCUCCUGCAAUUCCUCAAACUCGUUGGGAUGCAAAAAUUGAUAACUCUGGAAGUGUGUCAUACCACUGGGACUCAAAACGUCACCUGAUUCAAGCUCCAGUGAGGAAGAAUCCACCCACCAACUUGUUAGAAGGGACUAAGAUGGUGACAUCUGAUUUGGGGUGUGAGAAGGAACUUGUCACCGUAGGUCUCGACUCUGCUCCUAAAACCGUCUCGUCCUCUGAAAGCCUACAGCAGAGCGUUGCACAUAAUGUGACUGAAGAAAAGCCCAUCACUGUUCUAGCUCCUACUGCUGACCUCUUUAAACUACAGGAUCAGCAAUUCUUCUGUAGAAAUGAGAGUAGAUUUUCAUAUGGUUGUGCCGCUACCAACCCUAACUCAGGACAAACACCGGAGCCAAAAUGUGACCCAGAACCUGACGGGAAUGCGAUUGGUCCAUUACUUAACACUACUGGAGCUGACCAGCCAGACCCCAUAAAGCACAUGUUUCAGUGCAGCUACACUGAACAGGCUAACACUGACAUUAACGUAAACGAUCAAAUCGGUUUCCACAUUGAUCCACCACUAAGACCCACUUUCACUGUGGCGACUUCAGGAGGCUGUGAUCCACACGUCCAAGCUGAUUGCAGCCAAAUGGGGAAUUCAUGUUAUCCUUCCUAUCGGGCUGGUCAAAAACAGGCGGAUGCUUCAUUUAGCACUGAAAGCUCACAUCAACCGUUCAUCUAUUCAAGCCUGAUCUACCCACAGCACAUGGUGAACCCCUUCAGUCUUUCUCCUUUCAGAUAUCAUUUGACACCCCAAUUACCUCCAGGGACGGGGUCUUUCAACACGCCGUACUACCCAUGGAUGGCAGGGAUGAGAAUGUGAAUCUUCUCUGGACUUGUAUUCAUAGUUUUCUUUUUUUUUUUUUUUUUUUUUUUUUUCUGCCUUCUUGCAUUUUUGUCCUACAAUUGUUAAAACAAUUUUACAUACGUUAUUGUGAAGUGAUUUGUUUGCAAGCCGUUAUGUUUUCCAUGUUUAACGUACACCUGACUUUAGGGGGAAAAAUGUUAAACUAUAAAAGGUUCUUGAUUGGUUUGUUUUUAAUCAAAUUCUACAUUGCAUGGAUUUUAGAUAUGGAACUGUUUCUGAAUGUAAGUUUAGUUUUUAGUAAAAAUGUUUGUUUAAAAAAAGCCAUUUGCAGCCUAACUCACACAAAUUGUUCAACUGUCUUUGUUCUGAGAGUUGGAGUACAGAUUUGCUAAUGAUUGUCCAUUAGAUGUGAUAGUUAGACCCAAUUAGCAUUAUCUUAGUUUUAAAGUUUUUAUUGUUCCAUUGUUAUAACAUGGUAAUACAACUUUGCUAUCUUCUGUUGGCCUAAAGAUGUUCAUCCUUUAAAUGAGCCAUCUAGGGUCUUGCAAGAUGUGACUACACAAUUAAAAAACUACACUUAUAAAAAGGUGAAGACUUAUACUUGUAUACCUGGCAUGGAUAGGAUAUUUGUAAUUGGUAAUUUAUUUCUUCAAUUUAUCUUGUAAAGAAUCUGUUAUUGUUGGAAAACCUGUUUCAAAAGUUCUCACAUGUGUGAAUAAAGUUUUGUUGAGAAUGUCUGUUGCUCCUAUGGAAACUAAACCAAAUCCUCUCUGAUAUUGGUAAACAGCUGAUUUUGCUAUCAAGCCUCAUUUUGUGUGAUUAUUCUGUUGGAUGCUUAAAGUUUAAAUAAGAAAAAGAUAUACUGCCAGUUUAAUUUCAGUCCCAAAUGUGAUUCCUAAACGUUCCUCUGCUUUUAAAUGGAUUCCCUCAGUGAAAAGUCGAGUUUGUACAA